AUGGAUGCAUUGUCGGUGUCGCUGGUGCUGGCAUAUGAUGAGAUUGGUUUUUUUAUGUGGUCAACUGAUUCCUUACCAAUCGAUCAAGUAGCAGUUCCGGUUGGUGGGAAAGCUUAUCUGCCCUGUGACACACGAAAUCAAGAUCCGGGAAAGUCUACAGACUCUUCUGGAUUUUUCAUGGUCAUGUGGUUCAAAGAACAAAAGGAAAAUAACCUAAAUGAUCCGAACUAUGAACCAGCCGCAUCUUCAUCCUCCUCAAUUCUACCAACUUCCAGUGAACCAAUAUUCACGUAUGAUACAAGACGGACAUCUGCAAAAAUUCCGAAUCCACCGAGAUGGUGGUCUUCACCAAUGGGUUUUGGUGAUCGUGCAUACUUUCACUCAGACAACGGUGAAAAACUACAUCGUGAUCAAGAUAUAGUAGAUCAUCUUACUGUGGAUAGAGCUAUGGCCACCGAUACUGGAAUUUAUAGAUGCAGAAUUGAUUUCUUAAAAGCUCCUACCAGGCACAGAUUAGUUAACUUAACAGUCAUAGUCGCUCCCGAUCGACCAAUCAUUUAUGUCGAGUAUGGAAAUUCUAUUGGAAGGGAUCGUCCAGAAAAUUACCAACAUAAUCCCGGAAACGUGAUUGUUGUCGAUGAGGGCAGUCCAACUGUUACAUUGGUGUGCCGCGUGGUUGGAGGGUGGCCUCGUCCUCGACUGACGUGGUACCAUGAAAAUGCAGUAUUGCACUCUCCGUAUCAACUAAUUGAAGACAACCCCAGUCGGGGUUACCGAAAAAAACCGAACAACAGUAUUACCGCCGCCACCGGURUGACCGUUAACCGUUUGGUGUUGACUAACUUAACCAGGUGGCACCCGAUAAUGAGCCAACGGCAACAAACUUUGGGCACGGCGCGUUUGACAUGUCAGGCAAGCAACAGCAUUUUAAAUUCAGUGUCCCGUCCUUCGGCAAUUGCUGUAAAUGGAAAUUUGCCACCUCCAGCUACCACCGAGCACACGUUUAUCCGUUUGAACCUGAAACCCACCGAUGUUCAAAUCAUAUCAAUAAAGCGAUACACAAACCAUUUGAAAAGUAAUGAAAGCCCGGUGGUUGAUAAAAAUGAUGUCCCCGCGUCAGAAGAUACAGUUGGUCACAAGAAAUAUACAAUAAGAGCCGACCGGGUGUAUCAAGCCGAGUGUCGUUCGAAAGGAUCUAGACCAUUGGCUACAAUCGAAUGGUAUCUAUUAAAAAAAAAUCAACGAUUUAACGUUGGUUUAUCGACCAAUUCCACUCGUACGAUGGAUGUGUCGUCCCUGAUGGUCUUAUUGGAAGAACAACGAGGCGGUACGUCAGUGAAUUUAGAAGGUACAAUCUCUGGAGUGGUGAAAACACAACAAACACCAGAAAUAGUGACAGACAAAGAUGAAUURGUCGUGACCACAAGUAUUCUAAGUUUCAUACUUUGGGGUCCAAAAUCUACAGUUAUUAAUGAAAAUGACGACAACGAAUCAACUUUAGUUUGUCAUGCAUACAAUCCGGUCAUCAAAACAUUUAACCACCAUUAUGUCGAAACCAAAAUAACAUUGGAUGUUCAAUACCCUCCAAUAGUAGAGUUACGAUUUGGAAAUCGUAUGCUGGACACCGGUAGUAUUGGUCCUGGAGAUGACGUGUAUUUCGAAUGUGCGGCUCGAGCCAAUCCGUCAACUACCAUCCGUUACAGUUGGUACCAUAACGGUGUUCGGCUGACGCAAGAGACGGAGAAAAGAAGGACGGACGACGGAGAAAAAAGGGGUGACAGGAGAAACAGCAGACUGGCUGGCCGAGUUAUACAGUACAGCCAGUUGGGUAGUUUGGUUUUGCAGUCCGUGAAUACCGCUGCAGCGGGAAAAUAUUCGUGCCAAGCGACAAACGGAAUCGAUGACGAUAUCAAUGACAACAAAACGACUAGCAAUACAGUUCGGUUGUACGUGAAACAUGUCCCGGUAUGUCAGCAUCGUGAAGAUAUUUAUAUUAUUACGAAAAAAACUGACGCAGUCACUGGGCCAGAGAUCCGAUGUCGGGCAGGACAUGGACAUCCACCGACUAUCGAAUACCAUUGGAAAUUUUACCCCGAACCAGCAGAWCUGGAAACUCGCAAUAGAGGCACUCUUGAAUCCAAUGAAAUGACUUUAACUGGGCGAUCAAUAAGAGAACUAGACUCAUUACUUACGGAAUCAGCUGUCCAAGGCAGYGAUGGUGGAAUAUCAUAUGCAUUUACCACAAGUACGCCAGUAUUAAAAUCGUAUUUAUCAGUCGUAUCGGCCGCAGCUUCAGCCUCUUCAAGCGCAGUUCGCCCAAACUUUCUUCACGGUCGACUAGAAUGCCGAGCCGUCAACACAAUGGGCAUACAGAAYAAACCCUGCGUUUAUCGUGUUACAGAUAAAACAAUGAUCAAUCAGGGCAGUAMAAAUCUUCAAGAAAUCACUGAUUGUCGGUCAAUAUCAAAGAAAGAACUAUCAAACGAAGAUUCCAAUGCAACUACAACAUAUCCUUGUGGUACCAAAGUGGAAGGCAUCGUCACCAACACUAAUAGAAGAACACGAUUUUGCAUUACUUGUACAUUGAACACGUCGUCAUUGCAAUAUCAUUCGCAGCGGCCCAAUUACGUUUUACAGCUCUUUAAGUCUACACCUGGAGAAGCGCMUGCAACAGUUGUUAUUGCAUUUAAUGUGACCGGCGUUACCCUAACUGACAACAAUAAUGGGAAUAGCAAGACUAUUGUCAAUGUACCAGACGAUGGGGAUUACUAUUUUGAUCCCGAAGAAGAAGACGUUGUGGAUAGCAAUAAAGAUGAUUAUAAUCUGGAUACUAAGAAUGCAGUCCAGAGAGUGGUGUUCGUAAUUGACGACAACGUAGAACCAGGAAUAUAUCGAGGAAGGAUUUACAACAGUUUUGGGGGCACCAUAUCUGCGAUAAUCAAAGGAAUUAUCAAUGUUGCAGCAAUGUCGUUUAACGACAUCAAUGACAACGACAGGUCCAACUACAUUAUUGACGACAUUGGAGAUACUGCAGGUAGGUUUACCUAG